AUGAAGCGACUCAUCUGGUGUGCUCAUCAUGAUACGGAUGCCACAAUACAGCUGCAACGCUUCAAGGCGGGCAAGGUACAAGAACUUCACCAUGUCAAGAUAGCCGGUACUCUGACAGCCGCCGCCGUCAUUGGAGUCUUCUCAUGGCCAAGCACUCAGGAGACUUACUGGCUGGCUGUCGGACUAUGGUAUUCGAGUCUGAUGUCGUCUUUCUUCUCGCUGGUCAGCUCGGUCCAUCAGAGGCUGUUAGAUGCUAUUCCGGACGUGGACGACGUUUCGGAUACGUCGGUCCUUCAGAUGGGCCUGAAGGUAGCAUUGUGGGAGUUGCCCCCGAAGCAUUCUGCUUGCAAGAAUCCGCCGGGGUGCCGCAAGCCUACGACCAAGGAACUGGGUGAGGUCAAGCUGACAUGGAGAAAUCUGUUCAUGAUCUUCCUCUGGCAGAGCUCGCUGAUGCAGAUGAGCUGGUCGUGUGUCACCUUCCUGGUCGGGCUGGCGUUGCAUGUCUUGCAAGUCUUUCUUCCAGAGAGGCCUGCGCAUGCCGACGAAAAGGUCGGUCUAUUGCCGGGAGUUUUUCAGUGCACUAGCUAA